GUUUUUUGUCACACAUGUAAACUUCCGGCUGUCGUGUCAUGAAUUUUUCUGGGUUUUGACAACUAAACAAAUGACAUUUAAACAUUAUGGCGGACAGCGCCAAGCGAGAAAAGAUCGCUGCCGCUAGGAAAAAGCUUAAAAGUUUCCAAAAAUCCAGCAAAGGUACCAAAGGCAAAAGUAACAACACAGGAGCAGCCAAGGGCAAGGAAGAAAACAAAAAAGACAAAAUCAACAAUGACCUUACACAAACUGAGAAAAUUGAAAACGCAUCUUUAGCUAGUUCUUUAGUAAAUGAUGGGGCAGGUGAUAUAUCUGAACAAAAUACAUCUGGAGAAAAUCACAGUGUGCCUUUACAAGAAAUGACAAGUAUUGAUCAAGAUAUGCAAAACCAUGGUGAGACAGUGGCAGAUGCUCCGAGUAACAUGGAUGGCACUUCACCAAAUGUUCAGAGCCAAAGUUUUCCGCCCCAGAGUCCAGUUUUUGACCAUGUUCGAGACCGGCCUUCAUCGUCCACCGAGAGCCUACACCAGUUAUCAAGACAGAUUAAUGGCAUAUUAGCAGAGUCGCCAGUAGGGUUUCAAGUUGAGGGAGGCCAUGCAGAGAUUAUAGAGCUGGAGACGAGGAAUCGAGAAUUAGCCUCCCUGCUUGCUCAGCACGUACAGACGAAUGAACAGCUUGUGUCCCAGAACCAACAGAUUAGACAACAUGCGAUGAUGCUGCAAACACAGCUGGAAAGAGAGAGAACUGAACAUCAACAGAGGUAUCAGCUGGAGGUUGGCCCAGUUAAAGAACAGCUUCAGGUGCAUAUUCAGACAAUCGGAAUACUGGUAGCAGAAAAGACAGAGCUACAGUCUCAACUGGCACAGGCCCAAAAGAUUGGAGAACAGAGACAAGGUGAUCUUGAGGAUUUAACCGGAAGAUUGAAGACAUCAAAACAGCGAGUUGCCGAUCUUGAAAGGACUUUAGCUAACACCAGUUCCUCUAGUCAAAAACUGGAAAUGACAAGUAAAGAGAGUGCCAAAGAAAUAGAUAGAUUGAAACUGGAAUUAUUCAAAUUAAACAAGUCUCAUGAGGAAGCCAAACAGACAAUAUCAGAAACACGGGGAAAGUUUAAGUCAAAGACCUCAGAAUAUAACAGUUUACAACAGAGACUGUCCGAGGUGACCCAGAAACUGGAGUUGGCAGAACUAUACAACCAUCAACUGUCCAAUGAAAAUCAGUCAGGCACGGAAACCAUGAAUCUUCUGCAUCAAUUACAACAGGAGAGGGAUAACCUCACUUCUCAAGUGAAUCAGUACUCCGAAGCUGUGCGCCAACUUACAGUAGAAAAAGACCAACAAUCUGAUCAGUACAAACAGUACAUGGAGCAGUACAGCAACCAGAUUUCACAACUUACUGGACAGGUGACAUCUCUGACAGAGGAAAGAGAGAAGCUGGUCAACCAGAAUCAUGAUAUGGAAGGAGCAGUUAUUGAAUUACAGAGAAAACUGGAGGAUAUAAGCAAUGCCAGCUCUGGUGUGGAUGACGCAGCCCACGCAGAUUUGCUGAAGGAACUUGAUACAUUACACAGUGAGCAGGCUGAUUUAAGUGCAAGACAUGAAGCUCAAAUCAGAGAUAAUGCACAGCUAAGCAGGUAUCUUGAAGAAAGAGAAGCCAAGAUUGAUGAGUUGGAAGCUAGACUUGAAGAAAUGGGCGAAGUCGCAGGUGACAAAGCGGAACUUUUGGAGAAUAUUCAGAGUGAUAAGACCGCACUCAGUCGAGCGCUGACACAGAAUAAGGACCUUAAGCAACAGCUGGCAGAGUUACAGAAUGGCUUUGUGAAAAUGAGUAACGACAACAUGGAGCUAUUAAACCAGUUACAGUCGGAGCAACAUACUCUGCGUGACCUGCAGGUCAGGCUGAAUACACAGGAAGACACGCUCACUUCUCUCCAACAAGAGCUUUCAAACAAAGACACAGAGCUGGUAAAAGCCAUUGAGAAUUCUGUUGAGGCUAACAAGGUUAAGCUGCUACAUGAACAGAUACAAGACAGGCUAAGACAUUACGAGGCCCAGGCACAACUAGUGGAAACUCUGCAGAAAGAGCUGCACUCCUCACAGGACAUUGUUGAUGCCCUGACCACUCAAAACAGUGAACUUAGAACGAUGCUGAUUCGAGCCACAGAAACAAAGGUCCUCAACCCGGACAUGGACGUGGAAAAUGCACAGAGAGAUUCAGUGAUAUCUUCCCUGCAAUCCACGAUCCAGCAGCUAGAAUCUGAGAGAAACCGGCUGAUGGAGAGUUUAGCCAAACAGCGCGACCUCACAGACCAUCUGGGGGUGAAAGUUUCUGACCUCGAGGAGGAAGUUGUACAGAAUAAUGCGUCAAACCCUGACAGUGACAGAGUGUCAAGAAAUGACUUUGACAAACUGAAACAUGCCAUGGAAAUGAUACAGGACAAGUACAACCGAGUUAUGCGAGAUAAAGCGGAUCUGUCAGACAAGGCAGAUGAGUUGGAACAUAUGGUGCUACAACUGCAGGGGGAGACAGAAACUAUAGGGGAGUAUAUAUCCUUGUAUCACCACCAGAGGGCAUUACUGCAGCAACGAGAGUUACAGAAGAAUGAUUACAUCAAACAACUGGCUCUUGAUAGAGAAGAGCUUCAGGACAAGCUUGGAGAAUUACAGACCCUGGUCAUGCAGUUAAUGGGAGAGAAACACAUGUUACACAGUUACCAGCAGGAGUCUGAGCGUCCUGUCUCACCAAACAUUCACCCACCAGUAAAAAGGCAUCAGCAUACAGACUGGCCUGACUACACAAGCUCAGAAUCCGACACAGAAAGUGAAGUGGAGACAAUUGUUGGAGGGAAAGAUGAUGUACCGAUGUCUCACGAAGAGACAAAUGAACGGUCACACACUGAUGCCACACCCACUGAAAAUAUGAAUGUUUCCCAGGAGAGCAUGGUUUCACACACAGUGAAUGACGUUAAUAAUCAUGCUCACAAUUUCAGUGAGAGAGUGGACAAUUUAAAACAUUCCAAAAAUGAAGUAAAGGAAGAUAUGACUGCUCAUAAAAUAUUGAAUCUUUUAUCAGAAAUUGGACAUUCUAGUUUUGUGGACAAUAUGACAUUUUUAGAAAAACAAUUUCAUCCUUGUAAAUAUUGUAAAGGUCGGUUGCAGAUAUUGUAACCUAUAGUAUGUAUGAUCGUUAAAAAAUUGUAUAUUUAAUCAUGAAUAAAUAUUUAUUUCCUACAAAAAACGUAUAACUUUACAUGGUGGAUAUUAAAGCUUAGCUUGAUUUUCAUUAAAAAUCAUGCUAUUGUUGAGUGUUUUCACAAACAUGUCUUAAAAUUAAAGGGUGAUAGCUUUGAGGGUGUAAAUGGUCUUUCAUUCUUAAAGAAAGUCAUUAGUUGAUAAAAGCCAAAUUAGCUUUACUGUAGUAUGCUAUAAAAACGAAUAAUUUUUGUAAAUGAAAAGAAAACAAUAUAUAUUUUAGAUUGUCAAUGAAACCACAUAAAAUGUAUAUGCCCUGGGAUUUGAUGUAUCAUGUUUGAGUAGCAGUUUAUAGUUUUACUGGACCUGAAAACUAUUAGUCAGUUAUAAGGUUUAAUAGAUUAAUUAUACAUCUAGUUUUUAAUAUAUUGGGCAAAUCAUGAGUCACCACUCAUUCCAUAAAAUGCAUUUUUCAUUAAUCUUAUGAAUCUAUUUGUUAAAUUGAUAGACAUAAGUUCAGAUCAUGUUAAUAUCUAAACCAUUAAGUUAUUAUAUUUCUUUCUGCAGUAAAUGUAGGAAGUAAUAAAAUUACUGACACAAUGUAUGUUCAUGUACAUGUGUAUUUACUACAUGUCCAUUUUACGAAUUUUGUUUGUAAAUGCUAGGUACUUAAGUACAAAAAUCAUUGUUGGAAUAAAUGGUAAAAAUGG